GAAGAUGUGCCAGAAGAGCAGGACCUGGAGUGCUGGCAGAACUGCCGCUUCCUGGGGCAUGGAGUGUGUUUAAGGGCCGUGUUGCACAUUGUCCUCGGCCUGUGCAGCAUCUUUCCAGUCCAAGACCGGGAAUGGCAAUGUCACCAGAACAUAGCCUCAGCACACACUGCUGCAGGUUCAGCAUCUCUCCAGCCUUGCUAGCAGACUGUGGUCCCUUGCGCUGCCCCACCUUGGCCUGGGGCUGUAAGCUGAAGCUCCAGCACUGUGCCUGGCCUGUGCAAUGUUCAUGCUGGGGUGAACAGGGGCAGGGUAGGGCACACAUAAUGUCACUGCAGUGGUUAUAUGUGUUAUAUGGAAUUAUACGCUGGGUUUGUUGGUGAUGUCAUACUGGAUUCCAUUUCCCCAAGCCACACUCACUGCAAACCUUUCAACAAACCUUGUCUCCACCAGGGUGAACUGCCCCUACUGGCGCUCUGGGUGGCAGAGAAGAGCUGUUGUGGCCCAGAGCAGGGCUACAGGUCCCCAGGGAUUGCCUAUUUGGGCUGCCACCAUAUCCCCAUAGUGCUCAAACCCUGGGUGCAAAUCGCAGGAGGAGGGUGUCUGUACCUCCCUGCAAGGUCACAUAUCAGUUCCUGGCAACAGCUGCUGUGAUUUGCACUCCAGAAGAAACCACGUGUGGGAACAGAUUCUGAGCACAGGAUGGGAAGGCAGAUGUGUCUGUCGGGAGACUGAUAGUCCCAAAAGGGAGGCAGAUAAGGUGCCCUUGGAAGAGCAAAUAGCACAGAAAGAAGAGAAAUAUCAGAAUUAUGGAGUCAUCCUGAGGAUGACCCAGUGGCUGAAACGGGAUCCUCCUCUCUUAGUGCACUGGGAGAGGGGCCUCUGGGACCAGUCAAAAGAAAGAGUCCUCACUUCUGGCAGUAAACCUCUUCCUUCUCCAGUGAGGAGGUUGAAGAAGGACGUGGCAAGGCAGUAUGUAGGGUCUUUUCCUGCUUGUCCGGAAACAUGAGCCUUCACCUCAAGGAGCCGUUCCAACACGCCGGGAUGAGGCUGGGGCUGCCCGCUGCGACACGUUCUGCUUCCUCGGCGGGGCUGCGGAGUGGAUUACAGCUGGGCUCAUCACACCGGGAAGGAGCUACCCCUGCCCGCCGUCCGCCCCGCCGCGGCCCCGGCUCCUCUCGCCGCCGCUCCCGGACCUGUCGCCCAGACCGGCCCCGCUACCUGCCCGGCCGCGGGAGGAGCCAUUUCCCUCUCCCCAGAAGGAUGGAGGUCCUGCAGCUCCUGCGCCUGCUCCUUACCACUGCCAUGCUGGGCCUGUCCCAGACAGUGAACCCCUUCGUGGCCCAGCAGACCCCCCCCGACCCUUGCUAUGAUGAGAGCGGUGCUCCUCGACGCUGCAUCCCUGAAUUUGUCAACGCUGCCUUUGGGAAGGAGGUUCAAGCUUCCAGCACGUGCGGGAAGCCCCCAACACGGCACUGCAAUGCCUCGGACCCCCGCCGAGCCCACCCACCCGCCUACCUGACUGACCUCAACACCGCCUCCAACAUGACCUGCUGGCGCUCGGAAACCCUCCACCACUCACCCCAGAAUGUCACCCUCACCCUCUCCCUUGGCAAGAAGUUUGAGGUGGUCUACGUCAGCCUCCAGUUCUGCUCACCCCGGCCCGAGUCCACCGCCAUCCUCAAGUCCAUGGACUACGGCAAGACCUGGGUGCCCUACCAGUACUACUCCUCCCAGUGCCGUAAGAUCUAUGGCAAGCCCAGCAAAGCCACGGUCACCAAGCAGAACGAGCAGGAGGCCCUGUGCACCGACGGCCUCACUGACCUCUACCCGCUCACCGGGGGACUUAUUGCCUUCAGCACCCUGGACGGGCGACCCUCGGCCCAGGACUUCGACAGCAGCCCCGUGCUCCAGGACUGGGUGACGGCCACCGACAUCCGCGUGGUCUUCAGCCGCCCGCAUCUCUUCCACGACCUCAGCAGCCGGGACGCUGGCGAGGACGAGGGGGCCACGGGCUCCACCCCCUACUACUACGCGGUGGGGGAGCUGCAGGUUGGCGGGCGCUGCAAGUGCAACGGGCAUGCGGCACGCUGCAUUAAGGACAAGGAGCAGAAGCUGGUGUGCGACUGCAAGCACAACACAGAGGGACCUGAGUGCGACCGCUGCAAGCCCUUCCACUACGACCGGCCCUGGCAGCGGGCUAGUGCCCGUGAGGCCAACGAGUGUCUGGCCUGCAACUGCAACCUGCACGCGCGGCGCUGCCGCUUCAACAUGGAGCUGUUCAAGCUGUCGGGGCGCAAGAGCGGCGGCGUGUGCCUCAACUGCCGGCACAACACGGCGGGCAGGCACUGCCACUACUGCAAGGAGGGCUUCUACCGCGACCUCAGCAAGGCCAUCACCGAUCGCAAAGCCUGCAAGGCAUGCGACUGCCACCCAGUCGGUGCGGCCGGCAAGACCUGCAACCAGACCACAGGGCAGUGCCCGUGCAAGGACGGCGUCACCGGCCUCACCUGCAACCGCUGCGCCAAGGGCUACCAGCAGAGCCGCUCGCCAGUGGCCCCCUGCAUCAAGAUUCCUGCCAUCAACCCCACCUCCCUGGUCACCAGCACAGAGGCACCUGCAGACUGUGACUCCUACUGCAAACCAGCCAAGGGCAACUACAAGAUUAACAUGAAGAAGUACUGCAAGAAGGACUAUGUGGUCCAGGUGAACAUCCUUGAUAUGGAGACAGUGGCCAACUGGGCCAAGUUCACCAUCAACAUCCUCUCUGUCUACAAGUGCCGUGACGAGCGGGUCAAGCGCGGUGACAACUUUUUGUGGAUCCACCUGAAAGACCUGUCCUGCAAGUGCCCCAAGAUCCAGAUCAGCAAGAAGUACUUGGUCAUGGGGAUCAGCGAAAACUCCACCGACCGGCCCGGACUGAUGGCCGACAAGAACAGCCUGGUCAUCCAGUGGCGGGACGCCUGGACGCGCCGCCUUCGGAAACUGCAGCGGAGGGAGAAGAAGGGCAAGUGUGUGAAGCCCUGAGGGGUUUGCAGCCACGCUGUCCCCCAUGCCCAGCCCCAGCCCAGCUGGGUGCUGCCAGACUGCGCCCACAGACUCUGUACAUAUACACAGUGUGAAUGGACUCUUUGUCUAUAGUGUAUAUUUUGGCAAUGGUUUCCUGUUGUGUGCGUGUGCACGGGUGGGUGUGCGUGUCAGUCCUUUUCUCUAAGUGUGUAUUAAAAAUAAUGCAGUAAUGACAAACCUUUAAUGAGGAGCAAAGUGGAGCGAGGUCCUGUGGGUGCCUGUCACCUGAAGGAGCUUGAAGGGGAUUGGUGUCUUGCUCCGGUCAUUCUGGAGCUCAUUUUCAAGGCUUUUAUAUUCCCUUUAACACAGUUGUCUUCUGCCCGCUGCUGACAUCUCAGCUGACAGCUCUCCCUUCUCCAGCACCCAGGGUAUGAUUCUUCCUCACUCUGAAAAUGUGCUGCUGCCAGACCUCUCUCUGCCUUUCUCCUUGACCAGGAGGAACAGGAGGUCAGAAUUUUCUGUCCUCAUUCCGAUGUGUGGGCUGAGUGGAAACUGUCCAGUGCUGCAGAGUGCCCAGCCCCAGGACCUCCACCAGGAAGGACAAAUGAACUUUUACAGGGCCUGAUUCCCCGGUGACCUUGGGCUCACAUGGACCAGUGCUGCUGGCUGGGGCAGGACCUGUGAGGUGCUGCAGUGCCAUAGGGAGAAGCCAGACCCUGGCAGUGUGCUGGUGGCCACUACCAGGCAGGACUGUGUCCACCAGGGAGAAAGGGACAGACCUGGCAACCCCUGGUCGCCACUGUCCUGGUGCCUAGUCCAGACAGCUCAGUGAGAAGGACCUGGACACACCAUUUUCCCCUCCCAUGUCCACCUGCUCCAUCUGAACCUGAGCUGGACUGGCCAGGCUGACCAGAGCCAUCGUGUGUAUAAUCAUCCAUCCAGCCAGGUCUAUGUGCCUGUGUUCUCUGGUACCAACUGACAUAAUUCCACCUGUUUCUGUUGAGAUGACACCAAGUGACCAUCUGCCUUCGUGUGCAUCUUCAGAACUGGCCAAACUAUGUGCUCUCCUGGGAAGAAUUGCUGUGGCCAGGGCUGUCCAAGGAGAUGCACAAGGUAGAGGUGACAGGAAGAAAGAAGAGUUUUCAUUGAUCCACCUCUAGGCUUUUAUAUCUUCUUCACUAUGUAUUAGUCUCUGGUUAAACAGACACCAGUAUCUUCCCAUGUUGAGAUUGUAGCGGUCUUGGCUUAAUAAAUACAAAUAGAAAUAAUAGGUGCUCUGACAAUAGAUAUUCCUUUCUACACAAA